AUGAGUAAAGAUUCUAAAAACGAAGCUAAUACUCAAACAUACGAAAAUGUUUUAUUCAUUAGAAAUUUGUCUUUUGAUGCCACAGAAGAAGAAUUAAGCGAAAUAUUUCUUCCAUACGGAGAAUUGGUUUAUUGUGUUAUAACAAGAGAUAAAGAAACUGGACAUUCAAGAGGCACGGGCUUUGUUAAUUUCAAAGAAACACAAGAUGCGAAUAAUUGUUUAUUGGAUAAAAAAGAAUUGACUUAUCAUAAAUCAAUUCUUACUCCAGAUCCUUCUGAUUCUAAAGUACAAAAAUUCACUUUACAAGGAAGGGUUUUAUCAAUUGUUAAAGCUGUUGAUAGAACUGAGGCAAAGAAGUUAAUGGAAAAUAACAAAGUUAAGAGGCAAAGUCAAGAUAAAAGAAAUCUUUAUUUAAUGAAAGAAGGAGUUAUAUUUCCUGAUACAUUUGCAGCUAAAAAUUUACCAAAAUCAGAAUUUAAUAAGCGAUUUGAUUCGUUUACAUAUAGAAAAAAUCUAUUAACCAAGAAUCCAAAUCUUUACAUAUCUAAGACAAGAUUAUCAAUUCGUAAUCUACCAUUAACAGUUGACGAAAGGCAAUUAAAAGAAUUGGCAAUAAACAGUAUUCAGAAAUUUAAAAAUGAAGUCAAAAAUGAUGAACGAGAAGAUUUAUCAGCUGGUGAGAAGAGUGAAGGAUGGAAUAAAAAAGUACACAUUAUACAAGCUAAAAUAAUUAGAUCCAAAGAUAGAAUAGAUCCAAAGACACAAAAGCCAAAACCAAAAGGUUAUGGAUUUAUUGAAACCACAUAUCAUUCACAUGCAUUGGCUAUUUUAAGAUAUUUAAACAAUAAUCCUGAAAUAUAUGGUGAUGGUAAAAGGUUAACAGCUGGAACUCGUGAUGCCGAUACUUUUCAUGAUUUGACUUCUAUUCCACUUUCCACUAUAUACAAAUACAUCAAAAAUCUCAAAGAUGAUAUUCCUUUGGACCCUCUACCCCGAUCAGGCAGGCCAAAGAAAUUUUUUCCUAAACAACGUCGUCAUCUCGGUCAACUCAUCUCAGCAAAUAAAUUCUCUACAAGCACUGAACUCACAAAUAUUUUAAAUGCUCAUCAUCCUGAUCUAAAUGUCAGUAAUCGGACAGUUCUCAAUGAGCUUCAUAACAUGCAAUAUCGCAGUAUAGUUGCAAAAUCUAUCCCUCUUCUUACAGCCAGUCACAAACAAAAUCGAGUAACAUUUGCCGUAAAAUACAAGAAACAAAACUGGAACAAGGUUAUUUUUUCUGAUUAA